AUGUGGAUGUGGACUGAUGGCUCAAAGUUUGACUACCAAGCCUGGGGUCCUGGGGAGCCCAACAACAAUGGAAGAACAGAACACUGUGUAGAGAUGAACUGGAGAGGUCCUGCCUGUCCUCCUGAUUGGACUCAGUUUGGCUCUCACUGUUACUUGUUCAAUUACAUAGUAAAGCCCUGGAUUGAUGCAGAGGCUGUGUGCAUUUAUCUUGGUGGGAAUCUGGCCUCGGUCCACAGUGCUGACGAAAAUGCCUUCCUCAGAGACUAUAUUCAAAGAAUGACUGGCGCCCGUGUACACACCUGGAUUGGUGGCUUCGAUGCAGUACAAGAGGGAAGGUGGCAGUGGAGUGAUGGCUCAGCAUUUGACUACAAGCGCUGGAGUAUCGGGGAGCCAAACAACCUGGGAACGGAACACUGCAUCGAGAUGAACUGGGGAGGAAACUACUGGAAUGACAGCCGGUGUUACUACGCAAAACAUUUUGUUUGUGUCAGAGAUGCGUCGCAAUGAUGUAUCUUCCACAAUAACUUUACGUCCUCUGUAAUGACAGGCUGUAAUGAUGGUAAUGUUAGCUUUACUGACAGUUAAUAUCAAAUCAAAUACUUCUGAAUCAAUAAACAGCAACAGAACUCUGUAUGAUCAUAAAUUCUGAUAUUUUUUUUUUAUGAAUUUAGAGGAAA